AUGGGUGACAGCUGCGGCACUGAUUCCACCAGGCGUCGUCCGGGAACGCCCCUCGCUGAGAGAGACCCUCAAUCACAAGUCACCCCGCCCUCCCCACCCUCCUCGCCGUGCCACGCAACCCCGCCCCUGAACCGCCCUCCCGAUCUCCGUGCAGUACCCCUCUCCCCUCGCCGGGAAGAACGCAGUGACUCCAGCAGCCCUGGCGGCUCUUUGGGCCCAAGGGGCGGGCGCGGCAGCCAUUGGCGGAGGCCGCUGCCUCCGGCUGUCAAUCCGGCGGCCCGGCCCCGCCCCACCGGCGGAGCGUGGCAGGACGCAGGGCCGCGGGGGCUGUCGGGACGGCUCCAAGAUGGCCGCGCGCUUGGGGUCCGCACCUGCUGGCGGCCCCGAGCCCCGUUCACUGCCACCGCUGCUGACCAGAGCCGCCGGUCGGCCCGGCGACUCCAGGGGCUGACCCCGCGGGGCGGGAGGCCGCCAUGGCGACCCUGGAAAAGCUGGCGAAGGCCUUCGAGUCCCUCAAGUCCUUCCAGCGGCCGCCACCGCCGCCGCCGCUGCCUCAGCCGGCACCGCAACCGCCGCCGCCUCAGCCCCCUCAGCCGGACCCGCGGCCUCAACCGCCACUGCCGCCCACCCAGCCCCGUCAGCCGGCACCGCAGCCGCCGCCGCCUCAGCCCCCUCAGCCGGCACCGCGGCCUCAACCGCCGCAGCCGCCGCCUCAGCCCUCUCAGCCGGUACCGCCGCCGCCUCAGCCCUCUCAGCCGGUACCGCCGCCGCCUCAGCCCCCUCAGCCGGUACCGCCGCCUCAGCCGGUACCGCAGCCGCCGCAGCCUCAGCUGGUACCGCCGCCGCCUCAGCCCCCUCAGCCUGUACCGCAGCCGCCGCCGCCUCAGCCGGUACCGCAGCCGCCGUCGCCUCAGCCGGUACCGCAGCCGCCGCCGCCUCAGCCCCUUCAGCCAGUACCGCCGCCACCUCAGCCCUCUCAGCCGGUACCGCCGCCUCAGCCGGCACCGCAGCCUCAACCGCCACCGCCGCCUGCCCAGCCGUGGGUCAGGAGCCGCUGCACAGACGGAAGGUUAAAAUAACAUCAAGAAAAUCACAAGCAUUUACGAUGUAAUCAGAACUACCUGAGGAUCUGUGAAACUUGAUAGGUGUGUUAUUCUGGGAGAUCAUCAGGACUUCUGGGUAUUUGGAGGUAUUGACCUAACCAGUGGAACUGCUGAUUUAUAAGAAGUUGUCCAGAAUUUUGGAAAACUGAUUAGUAGAGGCUGGAGACCAAGAAGAACUACCAUUUUUGCCGGCUGGGAUGAAGAAAAAAUUGGACUUCUGGGUUCCACAAAUGGGCUGAGCUCUGUCAUAAUGGAAACUCUGCAGCAGAAUCAGCUGUCAUCUAUCCCGUGUGGCCAAGUGCAGAGGAGUAUGUGAAAACACUCCAGGAGAGAGAGGUUGCAUAUAUCAAUGCAGACUCAUGCACAGAAGGCAAUUAUACUCUCAGAGUUGACUGUACACCCCUUCUUUUCCAGUUGGUAUAUAAACUGACAAAAGAGUGGAAGAAUCAGACAUCAUUCAUCUGGAGAAAUGCUAUUGGUUGCUGAGGGCUCAAUCCUGAACUGGAUGACUUGAUUUAGAGACAUUUGGCCCAUUGGCUUCACCACCAAUUUGUCCAUCUCUGAGUGAAGGUUUAUUUAACGCUUUUGGUGAAAAUCAUGACAGCCACAUAGAUUUUAAGGAGAUAUCCUGUGGGUUAUCAGCUUGUUGCAGAGGACCUCUGGCUGAAAGACAGAAAUUUUGCUUCAAGGUAUUUGAUGUUGACGGUGACGGAGUUCUUUCUAGGGUUGAACUGAGAGACACGUGGUUGCACAUUUAGAGGUCUGGAAGGACAACUGCACCGAUGAUAUCCUGGAAUUACACGUGGAUGUAUCCAACAUUGUAGAAGACACAUAGAAUGCGCAUGAUACCACAAAGAAUGGCCAUCUUAACUCUAGAAGAAUAUCAGAUCUGGAGUGUGAAAAAUGUUCUUGACAAUGAGUUUUUGAAUCUACUUUUCCAGGUAUGUUUAAGGUAAAUGACAGAGACCGAGGGCAGUGGUACCAGUAGUUCUACAUCUUUUCCAUUAUGUAGUAGUUAGACAACUAGACUACAAACCAUAUAUUGUCAAAAGAACUGCAUUAACCUGUACACCACCUGCAGAUGGUAAGUUAGAGCGUGAGUGCUUCUCAGAGUCACAAUGUGCAUGAUAGGAAAGUAGAGUAUAGCUGAUAAUGUUUAUCUUAAUAACUCAUGAUAGAGCAGAUUAUAAACACAUAGAAAAGAAUUUAAAAUGUAAAAGCCAUUAUAAUUUGCUAUUUUUCUUUACUUUUUUUUUUUUUUAAGACCCUUCCUAACAAGUAACGCAGUGUGGACAGAGACAUAGAUCAUAAGUUGGCAGCUGUAAAUUUUCCACAAAGUAUACAAUCUUUCCAGUUAGGAGGUUAUUUUAGAUGCAAAGCUGUUUCUUAAUUUUCUUUUUUUCUUUCUUUCUUUCUUUUUUUUCUUUUUUUUAAUUUAAUUCUUUAGAAGGCCCAAAAAAGAUUGAAGGAGAAAGGAGGAAAGAAAAGCUGUCAGGGGUGAACAUGAAAUCAUAAAACUUGCCAGAUUUUAACUAUUUUCCCAGUUAAAGUAGUUCUCUUUGCUCCAAUUUAAAGAAACAACUUAUAGUUUCCCAUUUUUCAUAGUUCUUCAUAAAUAUAUGUUGAUUUAAUAGUAUUUUACAGGGUGUGAGUAGGGACAGACUGGAAGUUCAAGAUUUGUAAAUACUGACAGUAUAUAUAGAAUAGAUAAACAAGUUUAUACUGUAUAGCACAGGGAAAUAUAUUCAAGAUUUUGUAGUAGCUCAUGGUGAAAAAAUAUGAAAACAAAUAUACGUGUAUUCAUAAAGGACUGAAAAAUUGUGCUGUACACAGGAAAUUGACACAACAUUGUAAACGGACUAUAACUCAGUAAAAAAAUAAAAAUAAAGAUAAAACUGUUAGAACACUAUAAAAAAAGUAGUAUUUUAGAUUUUUCUUAUUUUAUUCUCCUUUUCUUAUAAAAGCACCCCUAUGAAGAUCAAUAAGACUUGAUAUCUUUAUAUCUAUCAUGAUCCUCCAUUGUAAAUACAGAGUAACCUGCCUGUGACACAGCUAUGUUAGAAUAAAUGAAAAUUGAACUCUUCCUGACAGCUAAUAACUAAUGUAUAUUUAAAGCAUAUGAAAUCUGAUAAGCCUAUGAUACCCAUUUAAAUCAGUCAGUUGCUCUACUGUCAGUUAUCAGCCAGGAUCUAAGUUGAUGUCUUUAUAAAACAUAAAUACAUAUAAAAAUAAUAUAAACCUACUGUAAACAGAAAUGACUUGCUUAGUAAUAUGAAAAUGGUGCAGCUAUUUUAAUCUCAUUUAAAAUGAUGUCCUCAAUUACUUUAAGUUAUCAUUAAUUAUAUAAACAUUUUGACCACAUAAGUUUGUGUCUGAGUCAUCUUGCGGCUCUUACAUAGCAAAGCAUUUUGAACUUUUAUAUUGCCUUUCCUAUUUUCUCAUGCUUAUCAGGGACUUGCAUAGGCACUAUUUUUUCUAUGACUCUAUAAACAGAUGUAUGCCUGAGAUUUUCUUUUGUGUCUCAGUGUCUCUAGCAUUAUAUUACUGACAGAUUUUUUUGUUGGUUAUCAAUCUAAUUUUUUUCUUGGUAUAUAUAGUCCUUUCAAAUAUAUAUAUAUAUGUAGUCAGUUUACACUGUUGUGUCAAUUUCUGGUGUACAGCACAAUGCUUCACUCAUACAUGAACAUACAUAUAUUCAUUUUCAUACUCUUUUUCACCAUAAGUUACUACAAAACAGUAUUGGAUAUAGUUCCCUGUGCUAUACAGUAUGAACUUGUUUAUAAAUUGGGAGUUUGAUUUGCAGGUACUAAAUAUUAACAUUACAUUUUAUGAUGCUCACUUUAUCCCAUAUUCAUUCAUGCUUUUAAAACUUUAUGUUCACUUAAUAUAUAAGUAAGCAGACUUACUCUAAAUUGUUUUAUUUUGUCUGUUUCUAAAAUAGAAUUAGCUAGUAAAUUCAGUGAUAAAAGCUUGAAUUAUACUUUUAUUUUAUUUGCCAAGAUUCCACUCCUGGCUGACCAUUUUGGGUAUUUAAGUAUAAAGUAAGUAAAUGUCAGUAGAAUUAGAAAACCAUUCCUGUGGUAAUAUUAUUUUCAGUCCUUUCAAAUAAACUCAGUGCCCAAUAUUUUGCAGAGGAAGCAUUCUAAACAUGAUCAGGGUCUUCUAUCUUGUACGUUAGUCAGAAAGCGUCAAAUGUUAAACAGUUUGAUAAACAGAAUAGUGCACCACACUGACCCCUACCUAUAUCCAUGCUCUAAUCCUGAAAUCUGUGAAUAUGUUAUUUUACAUGGCAAAGGGGAUUUUGCAGAUGUAUCAGGUUAAGGACUCUGAGACAGGGAGAUUAGCCUGGAUUAUCUACAUGGGCCUAGUCUAACAACAGGAGUCCUUAAAAAUUGAAAAUCUUUCCCAGCUGUGGUCAGAAAGAUAUGACUUUGGAAGAGGGAUUAGAAAGCUGUAAAGCUGUUAGCUUUGAAGAUAGAGGAAGGGCCAUGGGUAAAGAAGUGUGGGUGAACUCUAGAAGCUGAAAAAGACAAGGAAAUACAUUCUUCCUUUGACCUACAGAAGGGCAUAGUGCUGCUGACAUCUUGAUUUUUAGCCAAGUGAUACCUGUUCCUGACGACCUACAGAACCAUAAAACAAUAAGUUUGUGUUGCUUUAAGCUGCAAAAUUUGUGAUAAUUUGUUACAGCAGUGAUAAAAAUAAGUAUAGGGGAGAUAAUCCAAAUUUAUGGAUUGGAGGGCUCAACAUUUUAAAGAUGUCAGUUACCCUUCAACUGAUUCAAAGAUUUAUAUGUGCACAUCAAAAUCCCCAAAAGUUAAUUGUUGUUACUGUUUUUUUGUAGAACUUGACAAGCUGAUUAUAAAUACAUAGAGAAGCGUGAAGGGCCAAUAGCCAAGAUGAUAUUAAAGAACAAUGUUAAAGGACAUAUUAUAAAACAAUAUUAAGUCUAUGUGAUAACUACCUAAAAUUAGACAUAUAGACCAAUGGAACAGUAUUGAAUUAAACCCUGUACCAUACAUGAACAGUAAUUUUAGAUAGAUUAUAAAUCUAAUAAAUUUGAAACAUAAAGCAAAGCAUCUGGGGGGGGUAAAGCUCAGGUGGAAUGUGUGCUUAGCAUGCAUAAGGUCUUGGGUUCAACUCCCAGUACCUCCAUUAAAAUAAAUAACCUAAUCCCCCACCAAAAUAAAGCAUCUAGAAAAUAGUGUAGGAGAUAUUUUAAUGACUUUGAAGUGGCAAAGAGUUCUUAAACAGGACACAGCACUAAACAUAAAAGAAGAGUUUUAAGUUGGACUUCAGUAAAAUUAAGAAUUAUUUUUAUCAAGAGAUACCAUUAAGAAAGUGAAAAGCUAAGCCACACGGUGGGAAAAUAUAUUUGCUAUACCUAUAUCCAACAAAAGACUUGUAUCUAGGGCAUAUAAAGAACAAGAACCAGUGGAGAAAAAGGCAGAACCUUAAUAUUAAAAUGUGCAAAAAAAUUGAACAGGUGCUUCUCACACACAAAAACAAUCCACAUAAGCUAUGAAAAGGGGCUGACCUCUUUAGUAAUAAUGGAAAUACGUACUAAACCCACACUUGGAACACCAUUAGACAUCCACUAGAAUAGUUAGUUGUUAAGUGAUACGAAGCAUUGGUGAGGGCAACAAGCAAUGGGGACUCUUACACAUGGCCAGUGGGAAUAUAAAUUCUUACAAAUACUUUGGAAAUAGGCUUUUUGAAUGAAAGUUAUAUAUGUAUAUGUGUGUGUGUAUAUGUGUACACACACACACACACACACCAUAUUACCAAGGGUAACCCAUGUGUGUACCCUUCAGAAACUUCUACUUCUGAGCACCAAAGGACAUCCAGAAAAUUCUCAUAAUCACUAUUUGUUAUACCCCCAAAUAGAAAAUGACCCAAACACUUUUCAACAAUACAUGACCAUAAGUGGUGGCACAUGCAUACAAGUUGUAUACUUUAAAGCAAUAAAAAUAAAUAUACUAGUUUACAGAAAACACUAGUGGAUGAAUCUUACAUAAUUUUGAGUGGAAAGUAUGGGACCAAAAAUUUCAAAAGCAAAAAAGCCAAUCCAUGGUGGCUGAAUUUAGGAUGGUGAGUCCAUCAAAGGGGUGCCGUAGUAUCUGGGAAGAAACCCAAAGUGGAACAGCAAUGUUCUGUUUCUUGACUGGAUGAAGGUUACAUAGAUGUGUUUACUUUGUGAAAAAUCACUGAGCUGCAUACUUAAGAUGUGUUCACAUUUAAGCAUGUAUAUUAUAUUUGCAUUUUUUAAAAAAAUGUUUGCUUGCAAAAAAAGAUAUCCAAAGCCUAAGUAUUUAUUAGUAGGAGGAUGGAUAAAACAAAUGAUAGUAUAUUCAAAUAAUGGAAUACUAUUCAGCAAUAAAAAAGAAUCAACUACUGAUACAAGGAUGAACCUCAAAAGCCUAAUUUAUACAUCUCAUUGUCAGGUAAAUUUUAACUCAGAAGGUAAACAAAACUGUAAACAGGCAUGUGCCCUGGGGGGAGGGGUGCUUUAGCCUUUGUCUCCUCAGACCUGUGCCAUUACUGGCACAUCCCGCAAGAAGAGAGGCAGGGCUCAGCCACAGCUACCAUCUCCUCCUGUGCAUAGUGCCCGGGCGGGGGCGGGGCUGAGGCCUGAAUCUGCACGUGGGGGCUCCACAACCUCCUAGGCAGGACUGAGACUUGUUUAUAGCCUGAGGCAGGGAGGAUCUUUCUACCCUGACACCUCAGAGAACUUGUGCUGCCAAGAGAAACAAGGAGCUCAGAUUUGGCACAGAGCGUAGGCGGGGCUGUUCCGCGGUCUUCCCAAGCCCACCUACAGACCGCCUACCCGAGGCAGAGCAGGCAGCUGCACAGAGCAGCGGAGUGACCAGCACCAGGAGAGGGCACAGCACCUGACCACGGUGCUGGGAUGGGGUGUGAUCUGCCCACCUGCCUCCCCCUGAGGACAGCAUCUGACUGUGGCAUCAGGAGGGGGAGUGACCUGCCUGCCCACUGGGUAAGAGCUCAGCUCCUGACCUAGUGUUAGGAGGGGACACAAUCUGCUAGCCAACAGCCACUGAGAGCAGCACAGAUGAGGGCGCCAACAGAAGGCCUGUGAAAGAGCAAGCUGAGUUCACGAAGCAGGGCGAAGACACAAAGACCUCUCGAUCAAAUCAUUAAGGGCACACCAUCUCCAGGUUAAGUAGGUAACUGAUACUCCUUAAGCCACGGUGCCAGAGAGAUAUGAGCAAUGUGAAGAAGCAGAGAAACCACUCCCAAUUAAAAGAUCAAGAGAAAUCCCCUGAAAGCAUGAUCAAGGAAAUAGACAUUGAUGGCCUACUAGAUCAAGAUUUCAAGAAAAGAGUGAUCAAAGUACUGAAGGAACUAAAAGAAAUAGGGUUUAGGGAUAUAAAAUAUGUCAAAAAUGAAAUAGAAACUAUAGAGAAGAACCAAGCAGAAUUAGUAAACUCAUUGUCUGAGAUGAGAGCUGACCUAAAGGCUGUGCAAAGCAGACUAGAAAAUACAGAAGAACAAAUAUGUGAUCUAGAAGACAGGACAACAGGAAGCACCCAAUCAGAACAGCUGAGAGAAAAACAAAUAAAAAACAAUGAAAACAAUAUAUGGGACCUAUGGGGUAAUAUAAAGUGUGCCAAUCUAUGCGUAAUAGGAGUUCCAGAAGGGGAAAAAGAACAAAGGGGAUUGAAAAGGUAUGGGAAGGACUCAUGACUGAAAACUUCCCAAACCUAAAGAAGGAAUCAUAUCCAAGCACAGGAGGCUCAGAGGGUCCCAAACAGGAAGAACCCAAACAGACCCACACCAAGGCACAUCCUAAUCAAGAUAGCCAGAGUCAAGGAUAAAGAAAUGAUCCUAAAAGGAAGCAAGAGAAAAACAGAGUGAGUUACAAGAGAACCCCCAUAAGGUUUUCAGCUGAUUUCUCUACACUGUUUACAACAGCUAAGACAUGGAAACAGCCUAAAAUGUCCAUCAACAGAUGACUGGAUAAAGAUGUGGGAUAUUUAUAUGAUGGGAUACUAUUCAGCCACAAAAACUGACAACAUAACGCCAUUUGCAGAGACAUGGAUGCUCCUGGAGAAUGUUAUUCUAGGUGGAGCAGAACAGAAAGAGAAAGAGGAAUACCAUAUGAGAUCACUCAUGUGUGGAAUCUUAAAUAUAUGCAAGAUCUUGUGGUAACUCACAGCAAAAAAAAAAAGUGACAAUGAAUAUAUGUACGUUCAUGUAUAACUGAAAAAUUGUGCUCUACACUGGAAUUUGUCAUAACAUUGUAAAAUGACUAUUACUCAAUAAAAAAUGUUUAAAAAUAAGUAAAAUAAAAUAUAACCUUUAAAAUACUGUAUAA